AUUUAAACUUUUUAAAAAAAUAUUUUAUUAAAUAAAGAAUAUUUAAAUUAAUAAAUUCUAUCUUUGUUUAUUUGAAAUGUGAGCUCUCUACAUGCAGGAGGAAUUUAAAAAGAAAAACAAUGGAUGAAUUUCCAACUGCACUUCAAUUAAAUGAAGCAAAAGAUCGUUUUUUAUCAACUGGGUGUGCAAUAAUUGAUAAAUUUCUACGAGGAGGACUUUCUAGAAGUGGAAUAACACAAAUAUAUGGUGAAGCGGGUACUGGUAAAACACAAUUGGCUUUACAACUGUGUUUAACCUCACAAAUUCCAUCAUCAGGAGGUUAUAAAGCCGGUGCUAUUUAUAUUUGUACCGAGUCUAAGUUUCCAUCAAAUAGGCUCCAAGAAUUAUUAAAAUUCUCUCCUGUCGCCAAACAAUAUAAAAUAAAUGGAGAUGUUAUUUUUAUAGAACAUAUUUCUACUGUGAGUGAUUUAGAAUCUUGUGUAAAAUAUAGAAUACCAAGUCUAUUACUAACUCAAAAAAUUGGAUUAAUUGUCAUUGAUUCAAUAGCAGCUCCAUUUCGAGUUGAGUUUGAUUCAAAAGAGUUAAAACACAGAGCUAAAUUGUUGAGAAGUAUUGGUCUAACUUUGCAUAAUUACUCCAAAAGCCAUGGUAUCUGUUGUGUAUGUAUAAACCAAGUAUCCUCAGCCAUGGGAAAUACAUCAAAGACUGAUGGAAUUUGUAGCAACAAUCAACCAGUUCUUGGCAGUGUUUGGGCCUGUCAAGUAACAAAUUCAUUUUGUUUUUGUAAAAUAAGAAAUCAACGACAUAUUCAUAUUCGUGAAUCACCUUAUUUAGCAAGAGAAUCAUUAGUUUUUGAUAUCCAACAAUCAGGUGUUGUUGGUUUGAUUGAAAUCUGAUGAUUUAUUUCAAAUCAAUUGAUCAAUUGUUUUGAAUGCAGUGGCAUCAAGAGUCCUCACUAUUGUUGUAGGAAUCCAUUUGUUUAGAUCAACAUCACUGUUAAAAGGAUCUGGUGUUUGAAUAUCAACACUUUCUAUUUCACUUUUUAAAAUUAAUCUGUAAAAAAAUUUAAUUUUUUUUUGGUAAUAAUAUGAUUUAAGAGUAGGUUAAAAAUAAUGAUAAUUUCGUGUACAUAGUAUUUUUAAGGUGUUGUUAUUAUCAACCCUCAAACCCCAACCAUGAAUCACUUGGAUCCCUGGGUCUAUUGGAACCAAUUGGAUUCUAUUGGAGAGUUUGAAUUAAAAAUUUUUAAUGCAGAAAUGGAGUUUAAAGAUUCUUUCGAAUUGGAAUGUUUAACCAGAGGUUAUAAAAGGUCAAUUAGAUCCCAAAAUUGGCAUCUACUUGGAUCUAAAUAGAUCAAAUCAAAUAAGAUUUGUUCAUUCUUUCCUGGGUAGUAACUACAGCACACUUAAAUAGAUUGCAAAAUAAUUCUUAUUUUUUAUUCAUUAAGAGUUUCAAGAAGACUCAUGAAUUUAUUCAGAUUUUUGCGAACUUUUUAAAAUAAGCGAAUGUCAGUUAUUCUAAAGGUGAUAGAUAAAUAAUUAAUAUUACCUAAAGGAAUGUAAAAAAGUCCUAUGAGGUAUAGAGUCCUUUCUAUUGCUAUAAGUAUAAUCACCAAUAAUGGUAUGACCAAUAUAAGAACAAUGAACUCUUAAUUGAUGUCUACGUCCUGUUGAAGGUCUUAGAAGAAUUUUUGUAGCUGGUUUACCAUCUCUUAAACCCUUUUCUAAAACUAGUAAUGCUGUACAACAGCUUCUAGGCUUUUCACAAUAAAUAUCAUCACUUGGA